AUGUGGCCUGUCAUUCUCGUUCCUUAUAAUCUUCCUCCUUGGAAAUGUUUUAAGGACCCAUUCAUGAUGAUGUCAUUGCUUAUUCCUGGUCCUCAAGCACCUGGAAAGGAUAUUGAUGUUUAUUUGCGUCCUUUGAUUGAUGAUUUGAAAGAGUUAUGGAGUGAUGGUGUAGAGACACUUGAUGCGUCAAUUGGGGAGUGCUUUAAGAUGCAUGCCGCUGUUUUAUGGACCAUAAAUGACUUUCCAGCUUAUGGUAAUUUAUCUGGAUGGAGCACUAAGGGAUACAUGGCAUGUCCUACUUGCAAUAAGGAUGCACAUUCACAGAGGGUAAGAAGUAAAAUCUGUUACAUGGGUCACCGUCGGUAUCUUGAAGCUAGCCACCCAUGGAGAAGAAGCAAGAAAUUUGAUGGGAAGACAAAAAAAAGAAUAAAACCAAAAGAGCUCUCAGGAGAUGAUGUCUUGCAACAAUUGGAUUUACUCAGUACUUAUAAACCAGGAAAACACUCAAAUAAUAAGAAAAAUAAACGUCUUCCUAAAGAGUUGAAUUGGGUGAGGAGAAGUAUUUUAUUUGAAUUACCAUAUUGGAAGAGCUUGAAGUUGCGGCAUAAUUUAGAUGUCAUGCACAUAGAAAAGAACAUUUGUGAGAGUAUUCUGGGGACUUUAUUAAAUAUUGAUGGGAAAACUAAGGACACAUAUAAAGCAAGACAAGAUCUUAAGGAUAUGAACAUAAGAAAAGAACUAUGGUUGCAACAUGAUGGUUCUAGUUGUACAAUGCCAGCUGCUUGUUAUAAUAUGUCAAAAAAAGAGAAAAAAAAGUUUUGGGCAUUUGUAAAAGAUGUUAAAUUUCCUGAUGGUUAUGCUUCAAAUAUCUCAGGGUGUGUAAGUGAGGAUGAUGGUAAAAUAAGUAGACUCAAAAGUCAUGACUAUCAUGUCCUGUUACAACGAGUGCUACCUAUUGCUAUUCGUGGAUUUGAAAAUAAAAAUGUCUCUUCAUCAUUGAUUGAGUUAGGCGAUUUCUUCCAACGAUUAUGUUGUAAGACAUUGAGACGAGAUGACUUAGAACAACUUGAAAGGGAUAUAAUUGUUAUAUUAUGUAAGCUUGAGAUGAUCUUUCCGCCUGCUUUUUUCGAUGUUAUGGUACAUUUGGCUGUGCAUUUACCACGAGAGGCUAUGUAUGGGGGACCAGUACAAUAUCGUUGGAUGUACAAAAUUGAGAGGUUCUUGUGUAAGCUUAAGCGUUAUGUGCGAAACAAGGCACGACCUGAAGGUUCUAUUGCAGAAGGCUAUAUUAUUGAUGAAUGUUUGACAUUUUGCUCUAUGUAUCUUACCGGCAUCGAAACUAGAUUUAAUCAUGAAGAUCGAAAUGAUGAUGGAUCUAGCAAGAAAGAUGAACCUGUUCUAGACAUAUUUUCAAAGAGUGCUAGACCAUUUGGAGAUGGAGAUUAUGAUGCCAUACCAAGGAAAGAUCUUGAUAUGGCUCGGUGGUAUGUGUUGAAUAUCUGCGAAGAAGCAGAAUCUUUUCUUCAGUGAGUAAUUUUUCUAUUUAUAUAUUGAUAUUUAUAUUUUUUAAUACUAUUUCUAAAUAAUUUUUUUUUUUUACAUGCAGAGAGCAUAAAGAAGAGUUGGUGAAACAAGAUGUUGGGAAUAUAGAAGAAAAACACAUAGAACAAUUUCCUUUAUGGUUUAAAAGGAAAAUUUUGAAAUUAUAUAAUAAGGACAAGUCAAUGUCUAUCAAGAAAUUAUAUCCUUUGGCAAUGGAAUCUGAUGUGCGUGGAAGAAAACAUACUGGCUGUGUUAUAAAUGGUGUUAGGUAUCUUAUUCAAU